UCUGUCCGCGUCACGGUUUUAGUCUUGAAACUUGUAAAUUGAAAAAAUCAGCACAACACGUUUAAUCAAUUAAGUUAAUCGCUUAUAUAACCCCCCUCAACUUCUCCACUUCUCCUCGUUCUUCUUAUUCACGUUCACAAACACCAACUAGAGAAUCGUAAAAGAGAAAAUGGAAGAAGAAGGUUGCGAAUGCAGACCCUUGGGUUUCUUGCUUGGAUUACCCUUCGCUCUCUUGGCUUUGAUUUUAUCUCUCGUAGGAGCAGUUAUCUGGACAUUUGGGUCUAUAUUGAGUUGUUUGUGCCCAUGUUGCAUUUGCUGUACUGGAUUGGCGAAUUUGGCUGUGAGUCUUGUGAAGCUUCCAAUUAGGGUUCUUAGGUGGUUUACUCAUCAAAUUCCUUGUUAGAUGAAGAUUCCUAGUGUGAUUGACUCAUUUUUUCUUUGAAUUUGUUUAAUUGUGUGUAAUUAAUUCGUUUUGUAACAAAAUUUAGCCUUAAUUUUUCUUUGAAUUUUUCUCCUAUGAUUAAUUGGUCGGUUUAAUUACGAUAUAUUCAACCGUUUUUUAUA